CUGUAGACGGUGCUUGUUGUUGCGAGUGGCCCUGACGUCUGCGCUCCACCGCAGUCUGAUAUGCAGCAACAUGCUGCUGCCUGCUUCAGGAUCCGCGCCUCCCAGACGCAGCCGAAGACGGAGGAGAGGAGACAGCUGCUGAGGCCACCGACUGCCCCCCGUGAGAGAGAGAGAGAGAGUGUGAGAGAGAAGGAGAGUGAUUGAGGAUAGAGAGAGGAAAGAGGGAGUGAGUGAGAGAGUGGUAGAGAGACAGAGUGAGAGACAGUGAGAGAGAGUUGGAUAGAGAAAGUGAGAGACAGCGAGUGAGAGAGAGAGAGAGUGGAAGGAGCUGGGGAAGGAGGGGAUUGCGCUCUCAGCCUCACACUUCCCGCGUCUCCAGCAGCAGCAGCGGAGGGAGAACCCGUAGCAGCAGUUAUUUUUGUUUGGUUUUUUCUUCUUUCAUUUUGAUGGGAUUUUCUAUGUAAAGCCAAUGCGCAGUGCCACUGACCCUCAGCUGGAGGACUGGCAGCCAGAAUAGCCCGUGUUCCGCUCCUGCCGCUACCACCAAGAGCCAUGGAAGCAAAGUCUGUCUUCAGCCUUCACAAAGCCCUGGCUCAACCGGUGAAGAUGUGCAUGUUCGACUUCCCGGUGUCCAUACUGGAAGACCUGAACUCGACCCAGGAGAUUGGGGAGGAAGUGGAGGAAGGGGCCAUCUACACCAUCACCUUGCGGAAGGUGCAGGUCCACCAAACAGCCAGCAAGGGGCAGCGGUGGCUCGGGGUGGAGACGGACUCCGCCCUCAGCCUGUAUGAGACAUGCAAGGUGCGCACCAUCAAGGCGGGGACGCUGGAAAAGCUGGUGGAGUACAUGGUGACUGCCUUCCGAGGCAACGACUCUACCUACGUCACCAUCUUCCUCUGCACCUACCGCUCCUUCACCACCACCAAGCAGGUGCUGGACCUGCUGCUGAACAGGUUUGCUAAGCUGCAGCAGCAUUCCAGUGCAGAGGGGCCCAGAAUGACCCACGAUGACCGCACAGAGCUGAAGAACACUAUCUCAUCCAUACUGGGAGCCUGGCUGGAUCAGUACUCUGAGGACUUCUGGAAGCCUCCAGAGUACAGCUGCCUUCGACGUCUCAUCUCCUACCUGCACCUCAACUUCCCGGGAUCGGACCUGGAGCGCCGGGCCUGCAACCUGCUGGCCCAGUUCCACCGUCGGCACCCAGAGCAGGAUGGCUUGGACCACAGCACCUGCACCUUCGCCAUGCUGGAGGAGAACGGCUAUGAAGACGAGCGGCCAGACUUCCUGUCCUUCGACCCGGCUGUGGUGGCCGAGCAGUUCACGCUCAUGGAUGCGGAGCUGUUCAAGAAGGUGGUCCCAUACCACUGUUUGGGGAGCAUCUGGUCUCAGAGAGACAAGAAAGGGAAGGAGCACUUGGCACCCACCAUCCGGGCCACUGUGGCCCAGUUCAACUGCGUCACCAACUGCGUCAUUGCCACCUGCCUGAGCGAGCGUACGCUCAAGCCCACGCAGAGAGCCAAGCUGGUGGAGCGCUGGAUCGAAGUGGCCAGGGAGUGCCGGAUUCUGAAGAACUUCUCCUCCCUGCGUGCCAUUCUCUCUGCCCUGCAGUGUAACUCUGUCCACCGGCUCAAGAGGACGUGGGAUGAGGUGUCCAGAGAGAACUUCCGAAUCUUCCAGGAGCUGUCCGAGAUCUUCUCUGAUGAGAACAACCACUCGCUCAGCCGGGAGCUCCUCAUCAAGGAGGGAACCUCCAAAUUUGCCACCCUGGAGAUCAACCCAAAACGAGCACAGAAGAGGCACCAGCAGCAGAGAGAUCUGGGUGUAAUGCAGGGGACCAUUCCGUACCUGGGCACUUUCCUGACUGACCUGGUCAUGAUGGAUACCGCCAUGAAGGACUUCAUGGAUGGCGGACUGAUCAAUUUUGAGAAGAGAAGAAAGGAAUUUGAGGUGAUCGCUCAGAUCAAGCUUCUGCAGCUGGCCUGUAACAACUACAAUUUCACAUGCGACAGCCACUUCAGAGAGUGGUUCUCUGGGGUGGAGAAGCUCACUGAGGCAGAAAGCUACAGCCAGUCGUGUGAAAUUGAGCCUUUGUCAGAAUCUGCCAGCAACACUCUAAAGGCAAAGAAGAACUCUGGAAUUAUCAAGCGCUGGAGCGAUCGGCAGCCAGCGAACGCCGAGGCUAGCUGUAGCAGUGCAGGAAGCUCCCAUUCAAAGUCCUUCGACCAGCUGCGCUACGGGUCUGUCCUCGGGAGCUCUGCAGGAGGGGACGGGGGAGACUCCCUCAGCGUCACCUCCGCUGGCUCCAGCAGCUCUGACGUAGAGGAGGUCAGCAUCAGCUUCAUCUCCGACUCGCCGGAUGCCCACGAGAAGAAGACCUCCACGCCUACAGUAAAACAUUCCAAUUCUACCUUAGGGAAGGGAGGUCUGAUGCCUGAACCCACUCCCACGUUCUGGGAGUCCACCUCGCUGUCGUCUCUGGACACCUCAGGGAUGGGCUCUGGCUCGGGCUCCAGCAGCGCCUCCUCCUCCUCCAUGUCCUCCACCCCCGUCACGGCCUCCCGCUCCCACAAGCGCUCUGUCUCAGGGGUCUCCAGUUACUCCUCCCUCUCCCUGCCCCUCUACAACCAGCAGGUGGAUGACUGCUGCAUCAUUCGGGUCAGCCUGGAUGUGGAAAACGGAAACAUGUACAAGAGUAUCCUGGUGACCAGUCAGGAUAAGACCCCAGCAGUCAUCAGGAAAGCCAUGGUCAAACAUAACCUUGACAGGGAACGACCAGAGGAUUACGAGCUCCUGCAGAAGAUCUCAGAAGAAAAAGAACUGAAGAUUCCAGACAAUGCCAAUGUGUUCUAUGCCAUGAAUUCUUCUGCCAACUAUGACUUUGUGCUGAAGAAGCGGGGCUUCCCCAAAGCAGGGCGCACCAAGCACGUGGCCAGCUCCACUCUGCCUCGUAUGAAGCAGAAGGGCCUCAAAAUAGCCAAAGGCAUCUUCUGAAAAAUACCCCCGCAUCACCAUUAUCAAACCAACACACCCCAACGAAACCCGCCCAGUCCCCCGACUACUUUGAAACCCUCCUUUUCUGCAAAGGAGGUCCUCUAGGUUGCUGCAAAGAAACUCCCGGAAUGCAGCAUGGCCUUGUGUUUGGCUGCACAGACUGGCCUCACUUGUGACCGCACAGAGCAAAGGUGCCAGGAGCCUAGAAUUUGGAACCUGUCGGCAUAGACUGGGGUGAGGAAUCACCUCACCUUCCUGAGGGAAAGGCACCACAGCCUGGUCCCAUUGGUGUGGCUCAGUGACAAACUGUCCUGCUUCUCCUAGGGCACUGUCUAAAGUGACAGAAGGAGUCGGAGCCUUAAAAAAGGGCAUUAAAUUCAAAGGUGGGGUGCCCCUGGGGCAUCAGCAGGGCCUGUCUCCUAUGAAGCUUUGCCUUGAACUCUUCAGUAGGGUUGAGGUAUGGAGACCGUCCUGUUUUCUAACACUAAACGUUUUUUAACUCUAAGCCUGAAAACUGCCAUUUCAAACCCCCUAAGGGGGGCAGGGGGGUACGUCCCUUCUGUUCCUGUCCACAGUCAUGCAUCUCAGUGUCUGGUUCAUGACCACUACAGUGAGAGAGUUUGGAGCAACUCACCAAGGACACGUAUUUAGUCAUCUAUGAGCAGAUGUCACAACCUGUGGCCCUAUGUGUUAAUCUUGGGAGGGCAAAACAUACGCCUUGACUGGAUUUAUUUUUCUUUGUGUGGAUAUGAAUGAUGAUGCUCAUGACUGAACAAAUGACUGAACAAAUGACAGAAAUGUGUCCAAAAAAACAAAAAAAACAUUCGGUAACUUAAAAAAAAAAAUUAACUCUUUGUUACUAUUACUGUACAUUGGUAUUGUUUUUUGCUACUUUCUACUCAAGUGGUGCUAAAAGACAUUGGAUAAACAACAGGCAGACCCAUGUUCAGCCCGGAUGUUGGGUCGCACACUAGAGACAGUGGCUCUCCUGUGACAGCAGUGUGUGGCUGGAGCAGCAGGUUGCAAUCAGAGAUUCAAUGACGACUGUUACUGCUGGCAUCUCGGGAGACUUGCUUUCUCCAAAAAAAUCCCUUUCAUGUACGAGGGACCUUUGGACAAGGCCUGUGUUCUCCACGGUAGCCACCCAUACUGGGCUUUCAGGCUAUUGACAGUCAGCAGGAGCUGUUUGAUGGAUCCCCACAAUGGUCAACUUCCAGCCACUUUGCCUGCAUGAGGAGAGCAUGCCUAUUUCAUCCUGUAACAGAAACGGUCUGCCUGACCCCAAAUGCACUUGAAGCAUCUGUGUGACUGUAAGUACGGACAGUUGGAAGAGGGACAUGGAGGGAGGCAGGAAAGGAAUGAGCUACAGUGUGUAUAGGCCGUGAAAUGGACCCUGCGAUUGCUUGUGCUGUUGUGAUGCAAAAUCUAAAGUCUUUUUUAAUGUCAGUAAAGAAAUGAAUGGAAAAUAUUGCUGACCCCCCCUCCCCAUUUCACCUCUGCUUUUGUUCCCCAGUAUAUUUGGCACUGUGAAUGCCAAACCACUUGGCUGGCCUACACUGCCCUCUACUCUCCUUGGCUCUGUCAAGUGACUAAGGCCAAAUUUAAACUGGGUGACACGUGUAUACAAACACAGACACAUGCACAAACACUCAGCAGUUUUCAACUGUCCAAUCCCUUGAGAGGCUGCCAAAGCCAGCGCCAAGGAGAGAUAUCUGAAAGAAAUGCGUAGUAUUGAUGAUGGUGUGAGAUAUCUGCAAAGCGGGGUGUGAGAGAGUUGGAUUUGCUAGGGUCAGCUGGUGUUCAGGGAAGGAUGAGAGAGAGAGAGAGAGAGAGAGAGAGAGAGAGAGAGAGAAACUCCCACAUCAUGUGCCUAAAUCAUACAACCCACUUGUUCUCCAGGAAGACGGGUGCACAGUGGGUAUUGCCAGGUUUACUCUACGUGUGCCAAAGACCAGGGAGGGUCUGGGGGUGGGGGAGGGGGGUAAGGGGAUUGAUGCUACUGAAAGGGGAAUGAGGAGUCAGGAAAGCUUACUUAAUUCACAAGAUGUCCUUAAGUUCCCCUUUCAAGCAGACCGUGACACUGUUCUCCCACCUGCACGUGUCUCUAUCAGACACCGUGUCCUUGUACAGCUGCCCCACUUUUAGACAGGGCAACUGGCUCCAAGCAUUUCCACAUCUGUCAGUAAGAAAAAAACGAAUACUGCCAUUGCGCUUUGCUUCUGCGGGAAACCUGCCGGUCAGUGACUGAGACUGAUCUGUCUUAGAGUUGGAGCCGUUUCAGGUGUGCACACCUGUUCAUUCUGCCAUCUGUGUAUGUUUAUGAGGACAUCUGAAAGAAACAUGCAGUUGUUGGCAACUCUGUGUUUGCAAGGAACUUUUCAGUGUGCUGAGGUUCGAUGUCAUGACCUCUCUCCAUACAUAUUACAGCUGUGGUAAUAUUACAUAUUACCCAUGACCAUUCUGAAAAAAAUUUAGAAUUUGUCAUUAGGGAUUUCUGGAAAACCUCUGGAAGUUUUCAGCUGCUUCAUGUUAAAAUAUAUGCGCAUGGAAGCACCUUCACACACAAGUGAUAAGUGACCUAAUAGUGACUUAACACACCACACAACAUUGUGUUUUCUUUCUCUGUGUGUCUCAGCCUUCACCAAAGAUUUUGUGGAAGCAUGGGCUCACCUUCUAUGGUCAGUUAAAAUAUUUCACCUUUUCAUCACACAUGUGCACACACAGGAAACCCAGUCGGUGCAUCCAGGAACAUGCGGCCAUUUCUUUUUUUCCUGCAAACACUGAUCUUACAUCUGUUGCCAUUGCUUUCUUCUGCUACAGUUAAAAACAAAUUCCUUUUCUAGCAAAUGGCAUUGAUAUUGUUAUGGAUUGCAAAUUGUUUUUCUUUUUUCUAUAUUCAGUAUUUUUUCUUCUAUUUUGUAUAAGAACAAGAUGAAAUGCCCUUUGGAUUUUUUUUUGGUUUCUUUUAUUUAUUGAUUUGUAUAUAGUGUUGUUGUGUAGCAUUGUACAUUUUUUCCUUUCAUAAUGUAAUUAGAAAUUAAUAUAUAUAUGUACAUAUAAACACUAAGUUUAUAACAGUAAGUAUGGGUUCCCUGUCUCUUCUAUCCCUCUUGCUUUGAGCUAACCCUGCCAGUUUUAUGUCUUUUGUAUUAUGGAGUGGUUGGAUAUCAUUUCCCUCAAAGCAUUGUUAAUGAUACAGGAGAUGAACCCAUCUAAUAAAUCCUACAAUGUAGUAAA